GGAGCGAGGGGGUGUCACAGGUUCAGCCUUAUCGUCGCCAAAAUAGUAUUAUUGUCUCGACUAUUGGUGCGGUCGUCUACCUUUUCGUGGACUAGACUCUCACAGAGUGUAUACAAUUCUCUUUGGACUUUUAUUAAUUUAAAAGGGUGGACAGCGUAGGAGAAACAAUAUUUGGACUAUACUUUCUACCCCGGUUGUUGUGCAGUCUUUGAGCGAAAGGAUUCCGCCAUGCCAAACAACAGCAACAACAUGAGCCACAGCUUCAACUACAGCCACUGCAAGUAUUACUUGGAGCAGGGCUCGACCGUACAGUGCUAUGUCUCGGACCAGCACAUUCUGGACGAGAUCUACGCCUACCUGGUCUUGUCGCCUCUGGAGUGGGUCAUCUCGGUCAUCUACGUCAUCGUCUUCAUCACCGGACUCGGGGGAAACUUCCUGGUCGGGUACGCCGUCUGGCGGAAUAAGUAUCUCCGGACCAUCACCAACUUCUUCCUCACCAACCUGGCCGUGGCGGAUUUCCUCACCAUCCUCUUCUGUCUGCCUCCGAGCUUUGCGCAGACGAUAUGGGAGACCUGGUUCCUGGGGAACGUGCUGUGUAAGAUUGUGAGCUACUUACAGAACGUGUCCGUGAUUGUGUCGGUGCUGACCCUGACUUGUAUGUCAGUGGAGCGCUGGUUCGCCAUCUGCCAACCACUGACCUUCAAACAGACCAAGUCCAGGGUGAUCAUGUGUGUGCUGGGCAUCUGGCUCAUCGCCCUGGUCGCCUCUAUACCCAGUCUCAUCAUCAUGGAGGAAAUGCACGACCCCAUGAUUCCGCCCAACCUGACGAUUCUCCUGACCACAUGUGCCCCCCGUGACCCUCUCACGGCUCUCAACUACGAGAUCUUCCAAGUGGUCACUUUCUUCGGCCUGCCCUGCGCCGUCAUGGGCUACAACUACACGGCCAUAGCCAUCACCUUGUGGGCCAGCUCCACCUCUAGCCGCUGUCUCACGGAGGGAGACCAACGGGCUGUGACGUCACAACUGAUGGCCCGACGUCGCACAGCUAAGAUGUUGGUCGUCGUCGUGAUCGUUUUCUUCAUGUGCUACAUGCCCAACCACGUGUGGAACAUCUUACGGUCAGUGGAGAUAUGAUGA